CUGAGUGGGUGGGAUGCUGGAGUUUGUAAGGCUCCAAUUUCUUAUUUCGGCCCUUGCUCUUCUGAGAUAAUCUCUGCGAAUAACAGACUGGACAAAGGAAUAUUGGAGAAGAAGUGCGGGAUAACCUGGCCUUGUUUGGAGGUGUGUGAAAGGGACCUGGGAAGAUGCCCAAAGAACUGGCUAAGCAGCAACAAUACAUGUACUCCGUCAUCCUCCUAUAAGGGAAACUGCAGUGGACCAGUCAGCUUGGAGUCCAUGGAAAUGAGUCAGAAGAUACUCUGGGGAAUGAAGUGCGACAUUCAUUUCACGUGUAAGGAUUCAUGUCAAAAGGACUAUUAUUCCAAGUUCCCUAAGGACUGGAAACUGGUGGGAGGUAACUGCGAAGCACCCAAGAGCUACAAUGGACCAUGCCAUUCUAUAACAAAUUUAUCUUUUUUUAAUCAGAAAAUGAAGGAGCAAUUUGAAGUAGUUUGUAAUGUAAAAUAUCCUUGUAAAGCUGGAAAAUAA